AUGCUUGCAAAGCUGGUGCAAGUCGAAAGUGAAUCGUACAUGGACUCGCUGCCGCCCGCCCAAUCGUGGACCGGCACAAAACCAGCUCUUCGACUGCUUCUGCAGAAGAACCGCUCGCAGGAUGCGUUGCCAGCGUGCUCGGCCACGCCCGAUUACCUACACCCCGAAUGCUGCCGCUUGUGUCUCGUCCACGUGCGGGCCGAGGACCUGCCCGCCCACCUCGCCGAGAUGCACCGCGACGUGCUCGACCCCGCGUGUGACGUACUGGACUCCUACCGGAAUGUGAUACCUCAACGAUCCCUCACGGCGUGGCCUACGCCCAUCAGUCCUCAAAUUGUGAGGGCACGCCUGGCUGCGUUCAAAGCGGAGCUCACCGAUGCCAACUUUACCAUGGCACCUUGCGCAGUCUGCGCCUGGGACAAGCGCCGAUGCAAACUCCAAACGACGUACCUGCCGGACCCCUCAGACGACGCGUGCCCCGACUGGCCGCAGUGGCCCACCGACGUCUGGACUGCGCACAAGGACGCUUGGCACGCGCGGCUGGACAACGUCUUCAGCGUCGACCGGUACAUGGAACUGAUCUUCUGCGAGAGUGAGUGGCUGCGAGAAGCAGAGCUCAACGUCGCCGCUCUGCUUAAAGGAGAGGAAAGUUCUUUGGGCUUCACUACAGCCGAUGCUGCUCGAAGCUGGCAUGAGAGGGUUCAGCGCUUGGCGGCGGCUGUACGCGCCGACCUCGUGGCGGACUCCACUGCUGCGCCCGGCCACCCCGAAAGGCGUUGGCUGCUGUGCCGCCCGGGCAUUUCGACGUCCAGCGCCGACGGCAAGGGCGCCGCCUCCGGCGCCGCGGCGAACAUGUGCAAGCAUUGCGCGUCCGCGCUGCGGGAACUGAUCGGCCCCCGUGACGAUCGCCGCCCGCGAGUUCGAGUGCCUCUAGCUGCUCUGGCGAACGGGAUGUGGAGAGGCGCCGACCCCCGUGAAUUCGUGGACCUCACGUACGCUGAGUGCAAGGUCAUCAACCUCGCCAAAGUGUAUGUCAGCAUCAAACGCGCGUUCCUCAGCAAGGCGCCCGACGCUCCUACGGCCACUUCGGAGGCGCCCACGUACCACCAGAAGAACGUGGUGGCUUACCCGCAGAGCCCCGACACUGCACUGACUGCCAUAGGCAUGCUGCCUGCGGCCCUUGCACAGACCAUGGUGAUCCAGUUCGCGGGUGGGACGUUUGACGAUCUACAACGACACCCGGACCUCCAGGCCCCCGUUCUCCGCUUACGCGCGGCGUUCCGGUGGCUGUCCCUCAACAAUUGGAUGUUCAUGUUCGCCACCAGGCACCAUGAGAUCUGGCGCUCGGGCACCUUGCACGCCGCCCUGGAGGCCCUACUCAGUGCCUACGCCAGCAGCAUUGGAAGCUCCUCCGGCGUUCCGCGGGAAGUACUCUCCGCGGCAACUGCGGCUUCUGCAGCAAAAGCUUCGGUGGCGUCGGGAGGCCCAGCUGACUGCACCGACAGUGGCGCCCGCGAGACAGACCCGACUGAAACGGCUGACGAUGGUAACGCCGCCGUUGUGAACGGGGGCAUGGACGACGUGCCAGCACUCCGCUUGCGGACGCGGGUCGUGGAGAACUUCGACGUUGCAUCGCGCCUCCAUGAUGAGAUCCAUAAGUUGUCGGAGGGCCACGACUCAUCCGCUCGCGCGCAGAUGAAGAUGCGGCGCAAUGAAGCCCUCGCCAAAGCAGUCGAGGCAGUGCAACGGAUGUCCCGCGACUCUGUCCGGAGGGAGUUGGACGAGUGGGCGGCGCAAGAGAAGGUCGACGCGCCUGCGGUGCAGAUCGCCCACGGAGACCAGUUCCUGUCCUUGCGGGCCGAGAACUUCUGGGCGGCAUGCUUCCUCCGACUCUUCCCGCGAGGAGACUGUCAGGAAACGUGCCCCCAGCGCCCCGCUCGCCUGCCCGCAGCAACGUGGGCGAAGACGUUGCUCACGCGAGCCGAGACUGUUUGCUGGCGCCGCGACGUCGAGUUCGUGGCCACGCUGUUCAACACUUUCCUGCGGCGCGACCAGAUGGCCAGCGUCGAGGCCCACGUGAAGUCCACGGCCAGCGACGGCAUCGCUGGCAUGACACCGGGCCAAACCACUGCGCUCGCGCAGCUCACUGCUGAAGGCCUCGUCUCUUCCGCCGCGGCCGCUGGGGGCGCGGCCAAUCUCCGAGAUCUGCUUCGACAGCAAGGGCUCGAUCCCGUCGUCCGCAACGCCGCUCACCGGAUGCCCCUCGCACUCCGACGUGUCCGCGGAUCCGCCGAGGAGCGAGAAGGAUUCAUCUGGCGAUUCCGGACUCUGCGCAUAUGGUCUGGAUGCGCAUCGCUCUUCUUCGCCCUGAACCCGCGCGACAUUCGGGGCCCCCUCACUGUGCUGUUGGCCCAGGACGACGCGACCGCGUCCCGCAAGUUCUCCCUGGACAUGACCGACGACAAGGCAACCCAGUGGAUGACCGACUUCAACCAGGAGGACCCGCGACGCCUUCACCGAGCUGUGGCGAAGGACCCGCUCAUUGCCACGCGCGUCUUCCACUGGACCGUGCGGCUCGUCAUGCGCGCAUUGUUCAACUGCACUGGUGCGCCCGACGAGCUUAACUGCGACGGGAUCGCCGCAAAGAGUUUGCCCGGCAUCGUCGGGCACGUUCGGGCGCACCUCGGCGUUGCGGAAGGACAGAUGCGCAAAGCGCUGCACAUCCACAUGCUCAUUCAGCUCGUUGGAUUCUCUCACCCUGACGACCUCUUCCAAGGCGACCACCUGCAGAACACGUUCCGACGCGCCUGGCAUUACAUCGCUUCUAUAACGUUCCGCAGCACGGAGGCGUUCGCUCACUACGCGAAGGACCCGCUCGGACAUGCCGCCCUUCAACAGUUGCCGUUGCUGCCGUUGACGAAAUCGCAGCGCGAGAAGAUCGGGGGCGUUCGCACGGCCGCCAGCAACGCCGCCCAGUGGCAUGGGCGGGGACCCGCUGCGUGCGCCGGCAACGUCGCCGAGUUCGCGUUCUUCCCGACGUCCUUCUCCUCCGACCCCAGCGUCGACAGCGGGGAGUGGUCUAUCAAGGCCGUGCAGGAAAUCUUGUCGCGGACCAGGAAAAUUGGCAAUCACGUCUGUCGGCCAGCAGUUUGUCACAAAGGGCGACUCGGCAAGAAGGGGUUCUGCCGCAUGCACUAUUGGCAUUGGGCUAGACAGACCGACGCAAAGACAGGGAAAGAGAUUGCCAAACGUCAGCAUGGCUUGGAAUUACACGCUCGAUGGGAUGGCACUGGCGAGCUGCCGAUUCUGCGUUACCCGCCACACGUGGGCCUUCCAGCGCUGGAAACAACGCAUCCGUUCCACUUCCGGCUGAACCCCGCCAUCAUGCUGGGCCCGCAGUGCAACCACGACUUGGCGGUCCUGCUGCCGUUCUGCGAGCUCCCCGCGAACGACGCCGACCUCCCGAAUGAAAGCCGCGUUGCCCAGGUGAAAGCAGCGAUGGCCGAAGCAAUGGGGGACCACGAGUAUUACGCCUCGGCGUACUCGGCGAAGUCGCAGCCGCGCGCAGACGGCCUGAAAAUGACGUUGGCCGCGUCGCUCGAGAGGAAAGAACGUGCGGCACAGCUGGCAGCUGCGAAGGACAUGGUCGAUGACCAGGAGAAGGCACGCAAAUUGUUGCACACGCUGGUGGCCGCGACCAACAAGCGGAUGCACAAAGGGUUCCCCGAGAUGAUCAGUUACCUUUUAGGAGAGCCCAUCGCGCACAGCAGCCAUGCGUUUGCCCCGGUCUUUUUCGGGGAGCUCCUCGCUUUCAUUCGCGCCACGAUGUCCCAGACAGCUCGCGGUGAACCUCUCCAGACAGACCACAGCCAACCGCGACCGUAUGCUACGAAGUGGACCCCAGCAAAUCUCCACAUCGGCGAGUUGGACUACGUGCGCAGGGGCGGCGGCCGCCGGCAGUACACGGCCGCGCCAGUGACCAGCGCUACUUACGACGGAGCGCCGCUCCGAGGAGCUCCGACGGACGCAGAGCCCAACGGGGAAGUACUUUACAAGCACGCGUACUACAUCUCAUUGCGUGUGACAAAGCCGUGGAAGGUGCCCAUCCUCUACGGCAAAUUGCCUGGUCGGCCUGCCAGUGACGACCUCCUGGACGAGUGGUUCCUCUAUGCGUUGAACGUGAUGGUUCUGUUCAGGCCCUUCAGGUCCCUGUCAGAUUUCGCGUCGCGCAUCACGUCUACACCGCGGCCGCAUGGAGAGAACGCAUUGCAGACAGCCGUCGUGCACGACUUCCGCGCAUGGGAAGUGUCGACCCGAGAGGUGGCUCGAAAGUGCACUGCGGAGACGCCCCCUCUGACUCCAGAAUGGUGGGCGCACAGAAUAAUGGACAGCAUUCGCAACUACGACUUCGCUUCCUCCAGGAGACAAACCAUCAGCGAAGCCGUGCCGUCGAACGUAGAGAUGCCAUUUCUCCCACCGUGGAACGCCGCCCGUGAUGAGGCUGCCAAAGCCGCGAACGACCCGGACACUCUCCUGGAGUCCGACGACGACAGCGACGACGAUAUCCACCCGCCCGACAUUCCCCCGUACGACGAAGACAAGGAUCACCCCGCGCCAGCCCCAAGACACCGAGCACCCGACCCGGCAAGCCUCCUCUGCGGCAUCUUCCCUGAGGGCGUGGAGAUGGAUGACGUGAUUGCUCCGGCAGCAUGGCAGAGAAGCACCGCAGCAGCAGCGAAAUACAUCGUUGAGUUCAUGCGGGAGAAUUCCGCCCGGCUGCGAGCGGCGGACGUGGCCUCUAGUGCACCAGUACUCGAGGAUGCCGUGCGACUGCGCCCAGCCGCAUCUCUGGCGGCUGCGGACCGGCAAGCGGACUUCUUCAAGAUGAUUGACGCCUGGAAGGCCGAGACGACUACGAGGCCGCAGAAGUCCACUCAGGAGACGCCCGAUGGCCUGCAGUGUCGGCUCCAGAAAACCAUGGCAGACGGCCGCAGCUCGGCGUUCCCGCCUGUACCUCCGCGUACGCGAACUGCAGUGCUCGACGCAUGCGUCCACCUCUUGCGGGCGGGCGUACUGAACGUGGUCGACAUGCCCGAGAUCAACGUCAAACAGGCGCGCGCGCGCUGCUUUGGAACGCUGCUUGGCUACAGCCGCUGGGAAGGCGCCCUCGCGUGCUUCAUUGACGAAGUGUCCAUGGUCGCAGCAGCCCAGCUCUUCCAGGCAGAGGCUCGAUUGAAGGCGGCCAAGAGCUCCACCCAGGCUUGGGGCGGCUUGGGCAUGACGUUCUCCGGGGACUUCAUGCAGCUCCCACCAGCCGACCCGACGGGCGACAACAGGAGCCUCGCCACGGACCUGGACGAGGUUGACGUUUUGAAUGAGAAGGGCGAAUACGACCAGGAACAGGACGGGGACAAGAAGAGGUCUAAGCACGUGGAGACGGUGCAAGGACUGCAGCUGUGGCGCCGCGUCCGGAAGGUGGUGACGCUGGAAGUGAACGCCCGCGCCCCUGGCCCACUCAGCCAGCUGCUGGCGGAGAUGCGUGCUGGCAACAUCUCGGACGCGAUGUGGGCCUUGUACACCAGUCGCAUACUAUCUUCCGAGGACACCCGCCCGCGCGAUCCCGCGUCGCUCUUCUCCACGCACCCCUGGACAUACAUCGUCCACAGGCACAAGAUUCGCGUCUACCGAUCAAUGCAGCACGCUAAACAGCAAGCACUGCGGACGGGCCGCCGCCUCUACGUGGUCCAAGCCCGCGACGAGCCAGUGGACCCCGCCGACGCUCACAAAAUGACAGAACAGGUCCAUAGAGACCUCCUGCAGAGGGUUAGCCCGAAAGAUACGCAGGACUUGCCGAGUCUUUUGCCACUGUACAUCGGAAUGCGCCUGACUAUGUGCUCCAAAGACUGCGUGCGGCUGGGCCCCAUGAAGGGCUGCGUCUGCACGCUCCGCCGCAUUGUCUUCGCCAGCGGGGAGCCGUUCCAGUCGGGCCCAGUGGACGAGAACGUCGUGCACGUACAGUUCAUGCCCGUUUCCCUCUGGCUGCAGGCUGACGGCGGCGACUGGGAACUUCCUGCGGCCGACUUGGCUGCGGACCUCCCAACCUGCACGGACCGGCGCGGCUUGUUUCAAAUGAGACCGACGUGCGGGCAUUUGCGCGCGGCGUGGGAGGAGGAGCACUUCUCUGUCCGCCGCACUACUUACCGUUUAUUGCCAGCAGAUACGAUUAUUGUGUACGGAGCUCAGGGGGGCACAUGCGUAGCCGUGGUGGCUGACAUGAAGAAGCCGCCUUCCAUGGACGCAGAUACGCAUUGGCUGGCGUGCUACGUGAUGCUCUCGCGCGCAAUCUCCGUGGAGAGCCUUUUCAUCCUACGCCCGGCAACCAGGCGAGAACUUUCCCGAAAGCCACCGAAGUUCCUGCUAGACGAGAUUACAAGGCUGGCCGACAUGGAGACGUCGUCGCUCGAUGACCUCAUCCGCACUUUGCGGGACAUGACUGGAGAUGCCUUGCCCGACGACCUGAUGGACCACGUCCUCGCGAGCGAUGGCGCGUCGCGCCAGGCAUCCCGGGUAGCCUCAUUCCGAGCUAACCGCCCUGCAAGACACCAGCGGCGCGCGACAGCUUUGCCGCCGCCCUCGCGCUCCGAGGAGGGCCGCAGUGUGCUUCGUCGAACGCGCGGGAAGACGCCGCCGCCAACGUUGCUGCCGCGGGCAGGAGACACGAGGGACGCCGGCGGCAGCGCGGCGGAGCAAGCCAAGACAUUGUCUGCGCUGCCCCCAUUGAAGAAGCCGCGGCUAACGGAGAGUACCGCGGCGCAGGUGCCGCCGCCGCCCAUAGCGCAGGAUUCUGUCCCAGGAAUGGCAGUCGAUGCACCUACUGGCCAUCAGGCGCAGUCCAGGCACCCAGCACCGAUUGACGACGCUCUCUUCGACGCGGCACCACCGACGACACGAACGCCGUCUCCGAGCGCAACCUCGCCGUCGAUGGUUCCGUCGUCUGCACCCGUCCGCCCGUGCGGCGAAUGCGGCUCGCCGGAGUGCUGCGUCGACAACGAGCGGUGCCCCUACUUCCUGCUAUCACCUGCGUCCAACUCGCGCGCCCGACUGCAGUGGGCACUUGGCGCCACCCACGCCGUGUCAGACGCACUUUGCACCCGCGUUGCAAAAGUUGGAUCUUCCAGUUGUUCCACGAUGUCCGUGCACAGCGUCGAGUUCGGCGGCGGCGGCGACUGCCUCUUCUACAGCAUCGCUGGAGUGCUAGCUCGCAUGGUCGUCGCUGGUGGCCCACCUGCGCGCCACAUAUUGAAGACUCUAUCAUCGCGAGUUUUCCUCCAGGGCAAGGAUGCCGUCAUGCGAGCACUCCGACAACUGUCCGCUCGCAUAUACUUUCGCUGGACACCGGAGCAAGUGCUUGACUUCGUAGUGUCCGCUUGUAUGCAGCACCGCGCGGGGAUGCAUGAAGACCUGUGGGUUCCACUCGAUGUUCUUCGCCAGUGCUCUCUGGACUGCCUCGCGCACGUGGAGAGCGUGCUCGCGUUCGAGGAAAGAUCCGACGGGAGUGCCGUUGCCCGGGUGGCCGUGACAGCUGCGCGACGAGGAGGGCGCGAUCGCGACGAAAGCCUGAUCAGCAUACCAGACGGCACGGCGCGACUGCAGCACCUUCGACAAAGCAUUGCAGCUUGCAUGGCCCAGCCUGGAAAUAUGCACUGGGGCACACAAACAGACGUCAACAGCCUCAGCGAAGCCCUCGACAUCGGCAUCUUCUUGUUCCGGAACAGAUUACUGGCACAG